AUGGUAGCACAGCCAGCAAUCUCUCAUAUCCUCCAGCGGCAGGUACAUCGUGGACGGCUUCUGAGUUUCCUCUGCAGCUUUGUCUUGAUAGCUAUCGCCAUCAGCACCUACCACUUCUGGAGCCAGACUCCAUUACCCAAAAAGAUUGUCCUUACACUCGGUACACCGCGUCACCACCCCAUCGACGACCUGAUUGCGAACGCUACAGCUGCCUUCAGUACGUUGCUAUCGAAACAAGCAACGACCCUGACCAAGACCGCCGACGCGUACCGCAAGCAAAGAGGAUGCCACCCUCCACCCGGCUUCGACGCAUGGUACGCAUUCGCGAUUGCCCACAAUGUGAUCAUCGUAGAAGACUUCUUCGAUCAGAUUUACGAUGACUUGAGUCCUUUCUGGGGCGUGCCUGCAAAACAGAUACGCCAGCAAGCCAGACAGCUACCCAAUCGUGUCGUCGUCCGUAACAAGAAGGUCCAAACCCGCAAAGGUGAUCGCAAGAGGCUGGAUCAAUGGAUCGACAUGGUAGAGAACAUUCAACAUCUGCUGCCAGAUUUGGAUCUCCCGCUGAACAUGUUGGACGAGCCGCGGGUUGCAGUGCCUUGGGAAAACAUCUCGGAUUAUACCAGGAUCGGUUUAGGAAAGCGCCAGCUGCAUCCCGCGCAUCAAGUCGUACAACGAUUUACUUCUCUUGAUAUCGACGGCGAGACGAUUGAAUUCGACGAACCCACCUUCUCUGACCAGAGCACGUACUGGGAUUCGGUUCGCGCAGGGUGUGCUCCUGAUGCGCCUUCACGAAACGUUUCCGCGCCGAACAACUUGUCAGUCCCUCUUAUCUUCUGUGCAGAGGACGAGAAUUGCGCGCUCAGCAGCUCACCUGCCUUCACCUACGAGGGAUUUGUCUCGAGUUGGACACGAGCGAAAGACCCCUGUCUGCAACCAGACCUCUUGUCCUCACACGGCGCUUUGAUCGACCCACUGAGCCAGUCCACGAGUCAGAACUUGUUGCCCAUGUUCGGCUCCGGCAAGCUUUCAAUGAACAACGACAUCCUUCUCCCCGCCUUCGCCUACUGGCAAUCCACAUCUGACUACGCGACCGGCAACUCCCACGGUCCGACCUGGGACAAGAAGAUCACCAGCGUAAUGUGGCGCGGAAUAUCCUCAGGCGGCCGCAACACGCCCGAAAACUGGACGCGCUUCCACCGCCACCGCUUCGUCACCCUCAUGAACGCAUCAGUAAUCUACUCGCUCGACCCUCUGCUCACCACGCACCUGCCCCCGUACUCGGCUAGCUUUUCUGGCGCGGCAAACGACUUCGAGCUGGGACGCUGGGUCGAGGCUAUCUCCGACGUGGCAUUCACUAAGCUGCAAUGUACAAUAGGGGAUGACAACAAGGAUGGAGAUGAGUGCACGCACUUGACGCCCUACUUUGCAACCCAAAAGGAGGUCCCCAUGAAGAAGCAAUUCUUAGCCAAAUACCUCCCCGACAUCGACGGACACGGCUUCUCAGGGCGCUACCUCGCGUUUCUGCGCUCAACGUCCGUGCCCAUCAAAGCGACAGUCUUUUCGGAAUGGCACGACGCUCGUCUCGUACCUUGGUACCACUUCGUCCCGAUGCAGAACUCGUUUGUAGACUUGUAUGGCAUACUGGAGUACUUUGUUGGGCGAAUGGGGAAGGGCGGUGGACGGGACGGAGAUGGGGCUGUGGUGUUGGAGGGCGGGCAUGACUGGCAGGCGAGGAGGAUUGCGGUGCAGGGGAAGGAGUGGGCGGAGAAGGUGCUCAGGAAGGAGGAUAUGCUGGUGUACUUACUCCGGCUGCUGUUGGAGUAUAGGCGGGUUUGUGAAGAUGGGCGCGAUCUUAUGGGGUGGGUUGGGGACCUGGUGGAGGAGAGGUAG